AUGUCUCUUAAUAAUAAUAAUAGUAAACAGAUUAAAUCACAACAACUAUACAAAGCUAAAUGGUUAUCAUUUGAUCAAGUAACAUUUAAAGAUCAUAACAAUGUAGAUAGAGUUUGGGAAGUUUGUAAUAGAACAACAAGAUCAAAACAACAUGGUAUUGAUGGUGUAGAUAUCAUUGCUGUCAUUGAGAGUAGUAAUAAUGAUGAACAACAACAAUCAAAACAACAACAUAUAGUGAUUAUAUAUCAAUACAGGGCACCAGUUGAUAAUUAUGUAUUAGAAUUACCAGCAGGAUUAAUCGAUGAUAAUGAAUCACCAUUGGAAUGUGCUAAAAGAGAAUUAAAAGAAGAGACUGGUUAUGUGUGCUCAGAUGAUGAUACAAACAACUCUAGAUCAUCACCCAUAUUGGCAUUAGACCCAGGAAUGAGUUCAUCCAAUACUAUGAUAUGCACCGUCAAUGUUGGUGUUGCCAAUAUCAAUGAUACACCACCAAAACAAAGUUUAGAAGAAGAUGAAUUUUUUUUGUUCAUUUUUGUAGGACAAACUUUUUCAUCAGAGUUGCUUUCUGAUGAUGAGUUAAACUCUGCUAUAUUUCUCAUCAGACAAUAUGGAGUACCAUUACCACAAGAUCAAUCAUUAUGUAACGGUAUAAACUUUACAUGUGCUGGAACUGGUACCGACUAUCAUAUCUCUAUAAUUGGCUUUCAAGAUGUAGGGGAAUUAAAUAAUUCGAUAACCGAUUUCUAUUUCCCAAGUGUUGGUAAUUUCUAUUUAGAACUUGCUACCAAUUCAACUCCAGUCAAAGAUCAAUCAAAGAGUUUAUUGUCUUUUAUGAGAAAUCUUUCUCAACUUGCUAUCAUGAGAAUUAUAAAUGAUCCCACUAUUGUUACUGUACCUAUAGACUUUGGAUCAGGGAUUAUGUUCCCACUUCUUUCAGUUGUAGAGCUUAGAUUUACACCCAAUUUAAUAUCAAUCCCAUCAUUUUUUAAUACUUCAAAGGCCUCCACUCUCUCAAUCCGAGCACCUUCUUGUAGGGAGAUAGGAAUCACAGAGAACCUCUAUCUCCCAAAUCUAAUUCAGAUUUUUUUACAGGUUGGAUUAGAUACACCCUACACCUGGGUCCUAUCAAAGACAUCAUUCCCAAGAGUCUCAUCAUUGUCUAAUUUGAUUCAAAUGAUAUUUAGAGAUAUUAUUUCAAUAUCAAGUACAACAUCACGGUUGACUGUAUAUUAUAAUUUAACUCGCCCGACGUCUGUAAGAUUUAGGACUGGCAAUUAUAAUGUUAUUUUUCAUGAAAAUUCAACUGGAAUUUUAACAUUUAUUUUAUCAGGUAAUUCUAUUUUCUCUCCAAGCAUUGACAAGUUUUAUCAACUAAAAGAAUUCACUAGAGUAGAUAGUCAAGAGAGUAAGUUACCUCUUAUUUUCCCACCAAAGUUGGAAAACUUGGGAUACUCUGGGUCGGAAUUCACUACUCUUACAAGCCCCAUUAUCCCAUCUACUUUAAAGAUGUUGGAUUUAUCAAUCAAUCCACUGACUACAGUCGAUUUUAAUAUUUUCAAAAAUACCAACAAGUUAUCGCUUCUAUUACAAGACGCAUUGUUACUAACAGGGUUGGAAAUGCAAAACUUGGUUGGACCAAUAUCAAAUAUUACUGUUAGAUUGGGCAGUGUUGCUCCAUUCUACCCUUUCAAUUUUUCAGUAUUGGAGGUUGGUAUUAAACCAAUGUCGGUCACACCAUCACAACAACCAUCAGGAUAUGCUCUUUUUGAUUUUGUGUUUUCAAAUAUAAACAACUACCUAGAACAUAAUGUUACCGUCCUAUUAAAUGGUUCAUCGGUUCCCUGUUUUAUUUUAAGCACAACACCAUUAUCUUGUCAAGUUCCAUCUAGUCUCAUCCCAUUUGGAACCAACACACUUAAAAUAUCAAAUGAUUAUUAUUCUAUCGAUGACAGUGUAUUUUAUCAACAAGAGUACCCAUUGAUUCCAUCAAAUGCACAAAAUAUAGUUUAUGCAAACCCUGGUGAUAUUAUUACAUUAUCAGGUAGUUUUGGUUCCAAUUAUACCAAUCCAAUCGUUGUGUUUUAUAACCAAAAUGGUUAUCAAUCAAAUUGUAAUGUUACUAUCAUCUCACAAACACAAUUGUAUUGUAAACUUGAAUCUAAAAUGUCAAACGGUAUCGUAGCUACCUUUGUUUCCUUGGGUCCCUACUCUUUGCUGUCCAACAAUUCAUUUACUCUUCGUUCACUUCAAGGUGACUGCGUUCUAUCAACAAACAAUUGCUCAAAUCAUGGUGUUUGUGAUAUCAAUGGCGUUUGUUUAUGUAAUCAAGGAUAUUAUAGUCAAAAUUGUUCUAUUCAAUACCCAACCAUAUCAAAUAUUUCAAAAGAUAAUAAUAAUGAAUUAAUAUUAAUUGUUGGUGGAAAUUUUGGUCCCUUUAAUCAAAUUAAUGCAUCUGUAUUUGUAAAUAAUACGAUUCAAUGUUCUAUUAAUAGUAUAUCACAGCUAUCAAUUAAUUGUACUAUAAACUUGGGUGCUACAUCAUUGACAUCUGGAUGGAUAGCUGUUACUGUCGGAAUUGAAAAUCUUACAACCACGCAAAACAAUGCAGUUUUCUAUUUAUCAUUACAAGACCAGUGCAGUCUGGAUACUCAUUCUUGCUUUGGAAAUGGGUUUUGUAAUGUAUAUGGAAAUUGUAUUUGUAAAGAUAAUUCUUUUUACAAAAAUUGUUCAAUUGCAUAUCCAGUUGUUACGAGCGGCCAUUAUGAUAAAAAUAAUUUAUCAAAUGUUAUCUUGUUUGGAGACUAUGGUCCAUUUGGUCAAGUAAAUCCCUCCGUUUACAUUAAUGAUACACUAGUUUGUCAUAUUACAUAUAUAUCACAAAAAUUGAUAAAUUGUACAUUGGAUCAAAUUCCAUCCUAUGGGUUUUCAUCGGUCAACAUUUCAGUCGACUCUAUCAUUUAUUAUAGCCCCUCACUUUUAGUAGGCCCAAACCUACCACCUACUCCAUCACCCAACAGCACAACAUCAACAAGUGGAGGCCCAGUUCUCUCUCCUAUGCAAAAAUGUGAACAAAAUACCAAUAAUUGUUUUGGUAAUGGAGCAUGCUCAAUUUACGGUUAUUGUAAUUGUGAUAUAGAUUAUAAUCCUGAUGAUAAUUGCAAAACAAAGUUUACCAACACUACACCAUCAACCAAUCCUUUAGAACCAACAUCAUCGUUUGUUAUUGAUAAUGUUAAAUUUGAAUUUCAAUUUGUAGCAAUACAAGAAGUUGGAAUCAAUGAUGAAAUAUUGAGGGAAUUAUUAACCAAUAGCUGGGUGUCUAAUAUCUCGAGUAACCCAGAGUCCACAACUGCCAUUUACCAAUUAAAUAUUACAGAUCGCUCUGUUUUGGUAAACACCAAUGUCGAAGCUGUGCUAUCUUUUUCAUCAAAAGCAAGAGAUGUUCCCUUUGGAGAUCGAUUCAUUCAUGUUAAUCCAAAUUCUCUAAAGCUGGCAAUCAACAUUAGCAAUUGGCAGUUUUCAUCAAAUCUUGCCACCCUUAGGGCUAUAUUCCUAACCACUGUUAAUCAAGAACAAUCAACUGUUUUUGAUUGUCAAGAGACUCAAGUCGACAGCUUUACAUAUGACGAGUAUGGAUCGACCAUCCAAUAUCUUAGAUUUGUCAAAGACAAUGUUCAGUUUAACGGAAGAUUUGUAGACUAUGUAUUGUCAGAUGGUAGAGAGGCCUAUUCUAAAACCUCUAUCAUUAACCAAACAAUCGACUCCAGUUCAGAAGAGGGCAAGAUACUCUUUUCACUGAUUGGUGUCUCGUUGCCUCAAUGUCAAUCGUGUGUCAUAGACCCAGAUUUUACGCCAUUACUCGUUGAUAAAGGAAAUGAAGAUUGUGAAGCCAAGUCUGAUACAUGGAGAAUUAUUGUUGGAGCAUCAGUUGGAGGGGCUGCUGCAAUUGCAAUUGCAACCGGUGCCAUCAUUCUACUACGAAAGAAAAGAAUCUUUAACAAAGGAGAAAGAAAAAUAUCAAAUAGAUUAAAUUCAAUGGGCUCAAAAAAUUAA